GAGAGGAAGCUGUGUGCCCACCCCCGGAUCGAGAUCUACAAGGAGGACCGCAUCUACUUCGUGUGUCCCCUCGCCCGCCAAGGGGACUUCUAUGUGCCUGAAAUGAAAGAACUGGAGAGGAAGAGCAGGGCUGCCGCAGCUGAGGCCGAGGAUGCCCAGACAGACAUCACAGGGGCUGACACCAUGAGUGAGACGAGCUCCAUCAGCAUGGAGGCCACAACCGACAGCAGAGACACCUCGGUGGCCACCUCCAUCCUGCUGCCCUUCCCAGCCAGCCGUGGCCGGGAGGAAGUGGACAACCGCAGCGAGCACAGCUACAGCGAGUCAGGAGCCAGCGGCUCCUCCUUUGAGGAGCUGGACCUGGAGGUCACUGGGGAGGGGGAGGGAGCCCCAGGCCUGCUGCCCGACAUGGGCUACGCAGGCAACCAGGAGGUCACAGACAAGUGGACCAAGGAGCCCAUCGCUGCCGAGAGAGGAGAAGAGUGAAGUGGAGACCUGUCUGCCUCGCCUCCCACCAGGGUCUGAGUUACUGGGAACCAGCCGCCUUCCCCACCUCCUUUUCAGCCAAGAGAUUUUGGUCACUGAUUCCCCCUGGGACCCGCUCUCCCUCUGCAGAAAGGGUGUUUGAUUGUUUUGGGGAUGCCGGGAGGUGGGGGGUUCUCCUGCAGCGCUCAGCAGCGCAGGGUAGGUGCAGGCUGGGUGGGGCAGCGAAAUGCAUUUGCCGUUUGUGUGUCUCUAGGUGCGUUGCAAAUUCCUUGCAGGCGUCUCGGGGGGGCGGUGGUGGAUGGCAGAGGUGUCCCCCCUCGUCUCUGCUGGUGCCCCUCUCACCCACAGCUUCUCUCUGCUGCACCGCCGCGUGUUUUCUAGCACCAAAGAGCCGUGAGUAGGGUUGGUUGGGUUUGUUCCCCUCUUCUCUUCCCCUUGCUGAAAAAUGGAAACAUCCCGUGUAAACCUGGUCCUCCUGGCACUGCCACGGGUGCUUUUGGGGUCUGUAAUAAAGUGGAUGCUUUUCCUCA